AUGUCAGCGAAAAGUUUUAUAACAAAAUUAUCGGCCCUCGCCAGUGCGGGUAUUGGCGGUUGGUACGCGGGUACAUAUUACGAACGUAAUUAUAAAUAUGUAAACAAUGACAGUAGUGAAAAAAAUUCAAAAAUUAAACAAAUGCCAGGACUACCUUUUUUUGCUACUGUGUCAGCUGCUGUGCCGAUGGUACCUAGUGAUAAUGACAGCUCCAAAGUGUCAACGUCACGCGUUUCACAGAUUAUGAAAUAUGGAUUUCCAAGUUUGGACAAUAUAAGAUCAUUUGAUGAUUUUGUGCUGGCAUAUGACAGAAGAAACCGUGUAGCUCACUGGGUGUUUGAACAUCUGUCAAGAGAUAAUUUGAAAAGUAGUGAUGAUGUCAACCGAGCAUCUUGUGAAUUUAAAGCUGAUGAAAGUAUUCAUCCUUUUUUCAGGUCAACUAAUGCUGAUUAUAAAGGAAGUGGAUAUGAUCGUGGCCACUUGGCAGCUGCUGGAAAUCACAAAAAUUCACAAAAAAACAUCCAGCAAACUUUCUUCCUAUCAAAUAUGGCUCCUCAAGUUGGACCUGGUUUCAAUAGAAAUUCAUGGAAUCGUUUGGAAAAAUAUGUUAGACAAUUAACUAAGACUUACAGAGACGUGUACGUCUGUACUGGACCUCUUUACUUACCAAAGCGAGAAGGCGAUGGAAAAAAAUACGUAAAGUAUGAGGUAAUAGGUACUAAUCACGUGGCAGUACCGACCCACUUUUUUAAAGUAAUAGUCUGCGAAACUAAUGAUUCUAAAUUAGAAAUGGAAGUUUAUGUUAUGCCUAAUACGGCAAUUGACGACGACACGCCGCUAAAAAACUUUCAAGUACCUCCUGAGAGUGUUGAGCGUGCCGCUGGACUUUUAUUUUUCGACAGAGUUUCUCGGGAUAGAUUGUCAAAAAUCAACGGGAAAAAAAUUUAA